AUGAGUCUGUCAGGAGGACAGCCAGUAACGGCCAUGAGUCUGUCAGGAGGACAGCCAGUAACGGCCAUGAGUCAGUCAGGAGGACAGCCAGUAACGGCCAUGAGUCAGUCAGGAGGACAGCCAGUAACGGCCAUGAGUCUGUCAGGAGGACAGCCAGUAACGGCCAUGAGUCAGUCAGGAGGACAGCCAGUAACGGCCAUGAGUCUGUCAGGAGGACAGCCAGUAACGGCCAUGAGUCUGUCAGGAGGACAGCCAGUAACGGCCAUGAGUCUCUCAGGAGGACAGCCAUUAACGGCCUUGAGUCUGUCAGGAGGACAGCCAUUAACGGCCUUGAGUCUGUCAGGAGGACAGCCAGUAACGGCCAUGAGUCAGUCAGGAGGACAGCCAUUAACAGCCAUGAGUCUGUCAGGAGGACAGCCAGUAACGGCCAUGAGUCAGUCAGGAGGACAGCCAGUAACGGCCAUGAGUCAGUCAGGAGGACAGCCAUUAACGGCCAUGAGUCUGUCAGGACAGCCAUUAACGGCCUUGAGUCUGUCAGGAGGACAGCCAGUAACCCUUUCCCAGUGGCCUUCACCGUCAAGGCCGUGA